AUGUCUGCAAAUGCUGCUGAACUCACUGCAGCACUAUCUUUACUUCGGCCACCUUUGACAACAACAUUUCCGCAGAUUCCUGCUUUUACUUUCUCCGAUCCUUCAGCUCUGCUGUUACUGACUCAGCAGUUGCAAAAUGUGCAGAAACUUUCUUCACUGCCAUUAGCAUCUGUGACUUCAACGACAUCCAAUAUUACUGCCCAGUCAUUGAAAAAGUCAUCAGUGAUUAACGAUAUCCAACCUCCGGCUAGUCCGCAAUCAUCGCCAUCUUCGUCAGCAGUAUCGUCUAGUCCGCAACCAUCUCCGCAGCGAAGACAUGCAGCUCCAGUUCCACAAGAGAAAAAAGAUGAAGCUUACUACGAACGACGACGGAAAAACAACGACGCAGCAAAACGAUCUCGAGAUGCUCGGCGACAAAAGGAGGAGUUGAUUGCUGCAAAAGCUGCUUUUCUAGAACAGGAAAAUAUACGAUUACGAAGUCAAAUAGAACUGUUAAAAAAUGAAAUUGCCGCUUUACGAGUUAUGCUCAUCUCUUCACAUGCAACCAACUUUGACGGAACGCAAACAAAAGUUGAACAGUGA